AUGAACCGCAGUUAUUACAAUAAAUCCAACAGUAAUUUAACUCCUGGUAAAGCCAAGUCGUAACACGUAACUUAGAUUUAGUUAAACAUUAGCAAAUAUAUUAGAGAUUCAUCUAAUGAAAACAACAAAAGAGGUGAUAAUCUGUUGAACACAUUAAUCCAGCAGUCUCAACAAGCUAUUCAAUCAGCCAGACAAUUUAGUGUAGAUAGACCAAUCAAGACUUCUCCUAUUGAAUCGUCUCCUCACAUUCAAAAAAAAAUGAUCAGCACUUCCUAAAACUUGUAAUUAAGAAAAAGCACAGAUCAAUAACAAAGAAGCAGCGCAUAGUUUGAUAGACUACUUAAUGAAAAUACUUCAUUGCUGAUGCGUAUAUAAGAAUUAGAACAAAAAGUAAGAAAUUAAUGUUAACAAUGCAGCAAUCAGAGCAAUAAAAGAUCAUAAGAAAAUGUACUCAAAAUCACACAUUAAAACAAGGGGGAUAUAGAUGUCUUCUUGCAAUCUCAUCAUUGUAAUGAAAAUGAAAAUAGAAUAUUAAAGGAAUUAAUUAAUAGGUAAUCCUCAAUUAUGCAUAUCCCCUCAGUCAUCCAAACACUUUCACUCAUUAAAUGA